UAUUAAACUACCAAAAAAAUGUUUACCAUGUAUUUCACAACUCUACUGGCACUUAGCGCUGGGCUAUACUCGGCUACGGGUGCGCCAAACGUCAAACUACAGCUGCUGUACGAGAGUCUGUGUCCGUACUCGAGGGCAUUUAUUUUGGACCAAUUGGUACCGACUUAUGCCGUAUUAAACACGAUACUCGAUGUGGAUUUAGUUGGUUUUGGUGUGGCCGCUAAGGCCAACUGGACCAAGGUCACAAAUCCCGACGGCACAUAUGACCUGACAUUCCAGUGCCAACACGGCCCACAAGAGUGUAUUGGUAAUGAAAUACACGCUUGUGUUGUAGAGUCGGAGCCGAUUGGCCGGGCCUUAACGUUGUUUGGAUGUAUGUAUAACUCGACUAAUUACAAACUCCCAGCGACUGCCGCUAAAGAGUGUUCAACGAAACUGGGUUUCAACUACACGGCUAUCGACGAGUGCGCGUCCGGACCGUUGGGUCGGGGACUACACCUGCGGAACGGCGAACGUUUCCAUGCGGCCAAUCCCGUGGCCAAGACUGUACCCCAUAUAGUGUUAAACGGUGUGUUCACUCAGGCCCAGAAUGAGCGUGCUGAGAAGGACCUGUUUGGACUGGUAUGCGACAUCUAUACGGGUAAGAGACCUGAGCAAUGCCCUGUAUCAAUGUAA